AUAAUUCUAAUUACUUGUUGGCUUCUUUUUCUCUCCAGUAAGUGAAAAGAUGGUGAACGAGGAAGAGGAAGGGACUUCCCGGCAAGGAGGCCAUAAGGCAGCUGAAUCACCAGAGAUGCCUUCAGAAAGUUGCCAGAGGCAUGUUUCUCCAGCCCCGGACCUGGACGGAGGUGAAAUCAGUGAGACCAGUUCAGAGACAGAGCCGAGAAACGUCACCCCAGCACCGAAGAAUGACCCUUUCCCUGUCAAUGGAGGCAUUCUCCUGAGCGAUGCUGUGGGAACACAAACACAGUACAUUUGUCCCGUUUGUGGCGAAUGCUUUAAUGGGAGUUCCUGCCUCGUCGAGCAUCAGAGAGUCCACAAAGAAGAUAAACCCUUUACCUGCCCUGUGUGUGGGAAAGGGUGCAGCCAGCAGAUAGAUUUGGUGGAGCACAUGCACAGCCAUACGGACGAGAAGCCUUUCUCCUGCCUGGAGUGUGGGAGGAACUUCCUUUUCAGCUCUGACUUGGUUGCCCAUCAGAAAGUCCACACCGGAGAGAAGCCCUACAUCUGUCUGGAAUGUGGGAAGGGCUUCUCCCAGAGUUCGCAGCUGAUGUCUCAUCGGAGAGUCCACACGGGGGAAAAGCCUUACGAGUGUAUCAUCUGCGAGAAGAGCUUCCGUUCCAACUACGAUUUGGUCAACCAUCAGAGGAGCCACACUGGAGAGAAGCCUUACAUUUGUUCCGACUGUGGGAAAAGCUUUACGCGAAGCUCACACCUCAUCUCCCAUCAGAGAGUACAUACGGGGGAAAGGCCCUAUCCGUGUGGCAUCUGUGGGAAGCGGUUCCGGGAUUGCUCCCAUCUCAUCAGGCAUCAGAGGGUCCACACGGGUGAGAAACCGUAUGAGUGCUCCAUUUGUGGGAAGAGCUUCCGGGUCAACUAUGACUUGGUGACCCACCAGAGAAACCACACUGGAGAAAAGCCGUACGAAUGCCCUGAUUGUGGGAAGGGUUUCAAGCGAAGCUCCCAUCUGAUCUGCCAUCAGAGGGUCCACACGGGGGAAAGGCCCUACCCCUGCGGCAUCUGUGGCAAAAGUUUCAGCUACAGCUCAGACCUGAUUAAGCACCAGAGGAUCCACACGGGCGAGAAGCCUUACGAGUGUCACAUCUGUGGGAAGAGCUUCCGGAUCAACGCCGAUCUAGUCACUCACCAGAGGAUUCACACUGGGGAGAAGCCGUACACUUGUGCCGAUUGCGGAAAGUGCUUCGCCCGGAGUUCACGCCUUGUAUCCCAUCAGAGAGUCCAUGUUAAGGACGGAAGUCUUGGAACGGCCCUGCCAGAGACCAACACGUCGCCUGGGGCAACAGCCUGGGGCCCGGCUCCUGAGCAUCUCUGGGGCCAAGAAGAGAAGAAAGCCCCUUUUGAUAAGCAGAGCAGUGACUCCGUAGUUUUGACAAGCAGCCUCGCAGAAUCUAAGCCAGUCGUCACCGAUGCGUCUCAAUCUAUCCACGUGGGCGAAAUAAAAGUGGAAUGUCUUUCUUGAUUCCCGAUUCUUAGGAACUAGGUGGCUAAAAAGCGGGACACGAAGUGUCUCCUUUCUAGUAACAGAGGGACGAUCCUCCGUUCACUGUGGGAAGUUGAAAAAGGGAGGCUCGAGCAAGUCUCAUCUUGACAAAACUCUGGAGUCUGUGAGCUGUUUUUCGCAUUGCUGUGCAUAGCUAAGCAAGCGUGCUUUGGCCUAAGGAAUGACAGGACGCCAGUGCUUGUGACCCAGGACCAUCAGACGUAUCGGAAUUUUGAAAGCCAUUUAAAAAACUGUUUGAUGGUUCUCCACAGGAAUCCUUGGAAAUGCAGUUGGAUGGGGGUAAUGAGAAUAUGUGUCAUUCCUCAGGUUUUAAAAAAAUUGUCUUCAUUUGUCACUGGGGAAGAGUACAAAAGUGGGAUGAUGCAGCUGUUAAAGAAGUGUUUUGAAAGCAGGAUGAAACAAAACAAAAAAAAGAAGUACAGAUGGAGUUGGAUCCCUGGGCAUGAUGAAGCAAGCAAGAAAAAAAAAUGCUUGCCCCAGAUAGUUGCUAAUUUAACUUUUCCAAAUAAUUAUUUCAUUCUACGUUUUGGUGUCUCUUCCUCCACAUAAAUCCAUAUAUAAAACGAGCAUCCCUUUGUUCAGUUCCUUAGUGGGAAGUCAUGGCUUGGAGAACAGUUUAAUGUAGACAUGGACACAGAAUUUUUUUCUUCUAAGCACAGUUAUUUGUUUCACAAUAUUCUGCUGUUUGGUGUCUAAUAGCAGUGUAUCCUUAAUCUGGGCAAUUUAAAACAACAGCACCAACAAAUUGCGCUCAAUAUAAAUAAAGGAUUUUAGUUGAAUAGUGUGGAGCUUUAAGGCAUUAAUUAAAAUUAUUUAAUUUAUUUUAUAAGGUCUGAUUCUUGCCUGUAGGGUCAGUACAGAGAAGUAACCGCUAGAACAUAACGAGAGUUGUUAUCAUGCAACCCCUCCCAGCUUUUUUCUCUGCAUGAGCCUGCGGUUAUGUGUGCAGGACUUGCCCCUGGCUAGUCUAUAGAGUGGAGACCUUUGGAGCACCUUCUGUAUCCUUGUCGCCUCUGCCAGACCUUGGAAAAGUUCCUUUGCUAGACUACAAUUUCCAGAACCCAUCAGCCAGGAUGGCCACUUGGCAAAGGAGCUGUAGCCAAAGAAAGGGAUUUUUUUAAAAGAAGCAUUGCCCUCUGCUUCAUCAAGGAGUUCAAGCACAGGAGUUCAGGGCUGGAUGAUGAUGUGGGCUGUGCAAAGGUCUCCAUUUUUUCUCGGGUGGCUCAGUGCUCUGGCUGCACCUAUGUUUAUGCUCAUGUCCUGAAGUGGGAGAAGGAGAAAAAUUGCUUUCUUAGCCUCUGUAGCCAUUCCUGUCUACACCUAUGCAGGAAAGAAUCACUGCCCUUUGUUUUUACUCCAAUGUGCAUUUAAAAAAAUAUUAACCUCCAAUGAAUUUCAAUUCAAAUAUAUAAAACUUUAAAAAACACCUAGUAUGAUAGAAAUGUUAAUGCAGCUGUUUCUAUAAGAUUAAAAAGAACAUUAUUCUCUUCCAUAGUUAUCUUCCAUGGAUCCUUUCCCGUUGCCUUAUUUGUGUUGUUGCUUUAAUCUUUUUUUUCUCUUGCUAACCAAUGCACUUUUUAGGGGAAGGUAGGGAGAUACCCAAGAUGUACCCAAUAUCUUAGUCAACUUAAGCAAACUUAUCUGGGAGUAAGUCUCAUUGAAAUCAGCAGGACUUGCUUCAUUAGUAGGAUUGCAAAGAUAAUUGGGUAGCUACUAGUAAAUCAGACAUGAAAUCCUCUAUUGGUCACAGUGUAUGUUUCACUUAUUUAAUGGAACUUGGCAAUGUUUUUGGACUACAACUCCCAGAAUCCCUGUCUGGGGGAUUCUGGGACCUGUACUCUUAACAUUUCCCCUCAUUCUCCCCCACCAAGCUGUGAUUGUCACAAAAAUAUUCAUUGAAUACAUUCUGUGAGAUGGGGAAGGGAAGAUGGUUUAACAAGUGCAUACAGAUAGGAGUGAUCUGAAAAAAGUGGCACAAAAAAGAUUUUUUUAAACACAGUGUGUUUAUGAACGUUUAUAUAUGAUAGCCUCCACUGCAGUGUAUUGCUAUGAUUUGCACAAAUGAGUUCCUAAGAUAUUCAGCUGCACUGCAAAAUAGUGUUAUGGCACCAGUAAGUUGUUUGUCCAUAUUCAGCUAGGAAAGCAGACAAUUUGGAAGUUCUUAAGCCCCAAAGAUUAGCGUGAAGAGACUGCCAGGAGCUGCAUACUAAGGAUGACAGUCUCCAUUAUAUUUUGGCCACAUAUGUGAAAACGUAGGUUUUAAAAUGGGUCAGCCUCUUGCUGCAUCACACAUCUAUCUCCUAUCAUUCGAGAGCAGUCUUGAGUUUCAAUAACAGAUUGAUCUGUGUAUCCUGUUGUAUUUUAGUAUAAGACGAAUUAAGUGGGAGAGGUCUAGAAAGUUAUCUCAAAACCAUGUUUUCCCCAGAUUGUUACAGGACUUGGGAUAUAAUUUGGAAACCCUUAUUUUGGCAUAAAGUAUGAAAAUAAGUUGAUACAGUUUCAUUUUUUCAGAAUGAAUUAGGAGUGUGAUGGGUCAUUAAAAUUCAAGUGUGGAAAGGCUUGUAGCUAAUCCAGAUUGGUGUCUUCCCUUCUUCUGAGGCUGAGAAGCAGGAAAGAGGCAGGCAGCCCGUAUUUUCUCUCUGUAUACUCCUCUGCUGUAAAGACACCCGCUUCGAGGUGUAUCAUAAGUACCAGAGCUUUCUUUUGGGUCUGCUGCUCUCCCCAGCGCAUGUGGCCCAGUAACUUUUCCAGAGGUCCUUCCUGGAGCAAAGAGAAGUGUUUAGAAUUUAGCACCUCUGUGUUCUGGGCACUGUUAGCUCAGCUAGUCUUUCUGGCUUCUUUCUUUGUAUCAGAGCGUCGCACAUUUUAAAAUUAUGGGUGUAUACGAAAUAUAGGUAAAAUUGAAAACAAAGGUUACGAUAAUUUGUUUUUGAUGAAAGGUGGGCUACUUCAGUAGCUUUCUCUCGGCCAUUUGCUAGAUCUUUUGCACAUGUGGUGUGGCAUAAAUUGCAGGCACAUAAGUGCUGCACUGAUUGAAUUUCACUACAUUCUUUCUGGCUGGGCCUGUAAGUUUACUGAAACUUUAGUUUUCUCACAGCCUAAUAAUAUAGCUUAGGGCUGGAGCGGCCUUUGGUCCUCUAGGUGUUUUGAGCCAGUUCCUAUUCUCUUCCCACUGGUCAUCCUGAGUGGGGUGGAAGAAAAUUGUAAGCCCAAAUAUCUAGAAAGCUAAAGAUUCCCCAGGGUUUCCAAUUUUAUAAAGCCUGGGCAGUGCAGGAUUUCCCCAUGUCUAAUUUUUGAUAAAGGUAGCACAUCGUAUGAGAGUAAGAGACUGCAUUUUU